AUGGUGGGAGCUCUGAGCCCCGUUGGCCCUGGCCGCUCCCCGGCGUCUGCGCUGCGGCUGCUGGUGGUUGUUCUGGUCCUGUCCGGUGGAGCGGACGGCCAACCCUGCCCGGCCCAGUGCUCCUGUACCGGGACUACAGUGGACUGUCACGGCCAAGGGCUCCGCAGCGUGCCCAGGAACAUACCCCGCAACACGGAGAGACUGGAUCUGAAUGCAAACAACCUCACGAAAAUCACCAAGGCGGAUUUUGCAGGACUGAGGCAUCUGCGAGUGUUGCAGCUAAUGGAGAACAAAAUCACCACGAUUGAGAGAGGAGCCUUCCAGGAUCUGAAGGAGCUGGAGAGACUGCGCCUGAAUCGGAAUAAUCUGGCUGUCUUCCCCGAGCUGCUUUUCCUGGGAACGACAAAGCUUUACAGACUUGAUCUCAGCGAGAACCAGAUUCAGGGUGUUCCAAGGAAAGCCUUCAGAGGAGCAGUGGAGAUCAAGAACCUCCAGUUGGAUUACAACCACAUCAGCUGUAUUGAAGAUGGAGCCUUCCGAGCUUUACGUGACCUGGAAGUACUCACCCUCAACAACAACAACAUCAGCCGACUGUCUGUGGCCAGUUUCAACCACAUGCCGAAGCUCCGCACCUUUCGCCUGCACUCCAACAACCUGCAGUGUGACUGCCACGUGGCCUGGCUGUCAGAGUGGCUGCGACAGCGCCCCCGCCUGGGUCUCUACACGCAGUGUAUGGCCCCGCCACACUUGAGGGGGCACAACGUGGCUGAGGUGCAGAAGAAGGAGUUUGUCUGCACAGGUAGGUCGAGAGGUCACCAGUCGUCAUCAUCUUCCUCCUGCAGUGUGUUACAGUGCCCAGAGUCCUGCACCUGCAGUAACAACAUUGUGGACUGCAGAGGGAAGGGGCUGAGUGAAAUUCCCACCAACCUGCCUGAAACCAUUACUGAGAUACGACUGGAGCAGAACGCCAUCAAGGUGAUCCCAGCUGGGGCCUUUUCUCCUUAUAAGAAGCUGCGCAGAAUAGAUUUGAGCAACAACCAGAUAUCAGAGCUGGCUUCGGACGCCUUCCAAGGUCUGCGCUCCCUCAACUCAUUGGUUCUAUAUGGGAAUAAAAUCACUGAGAUUUCUAAAGGACUGUUGGAGGGACUGUUUUCCCUGCAGCUAUUGUUACUGAAUGCUAAUAAGAUAGCGUGUCUGCGUGUGGAUGCAUUUCAGGACCUCCACAACCUCAAUCUGCUCUCACUAUAUGACAACAAGCUCCAGACCAUCGCCAAGGGAACCUUUUCAUCACUAAGAGCCAUACAAACACUUCACUUAGCCCAAAAUCCAUUUAUCUGUGACUGCCAUCUGAAGUGGCUGGCAGACUACCUGCAGGACAAUCCCAUCGAGACGAGCGGUGCCCGCUGCACCAGCCCUCGACGGCUCGCCAACAAACGAAUCGGACAAAUCAAGAGCAAGAAGUUCCGCUGCUCAGCUAGAGAACAGUAUUUCAUCCCAGGAGUACACCAUGUCGGCUGUACGGAAGAUUACCGCAGUAAGCUGGGAGGGGACUGCUUCGCUGACUUGGCCUGCCCUGAAAAGUGCCGGUGUGAGGGGACCACAGUCGACUGCUCCAACCAGAAACUCACCAAAAUACCUGAUCACAUCCCUCAGUACACGGCUGAACUGCGUCUGAACAACAAUGAAUUCACUGUGCUUGAGGCGACGGGAAUCUUCAAAAAGUUGCCUCAGCUGAGGAAGAUUAACCUGAGUAAUAACCGUAUCACUGACAUAGAGGAGGGGACUUUUGAAGGAGCCUCAGGGGUCAAUGAGCUGAUUUUGACCUCCAACAGACUGGAAAACAUACACCACCGCAUGCUAAAGGGACUCAGUGGCCUCCGCACCCUUAUGCUGAGGAGUAACCGCAUCAGCUGUGUGAGUAACAGCAGCUUUGUGGGCUUGAGCUCGGUACGUCUCCUGUCGCUCUAUGACAACCAGAUCACCUCCAUGAACCCCGGAGCCUUCGACACACUGCAUUCCUUGUCCACACUUAACCUUCUGGCCAACCCUUUCAACUGCAACUGCCACCUGGCUUGGCUCGGUGACUGGCUGAGAAGAAAACGCAUUGUCACGGGUAACCCUCGCUGCCAGAAUCCAUACUUUCUGAAAGAGAUCCCCAUCCAGGAUGUAGCUGUCCAAGACUUUGCUUGUGAAGAUGGUAACGAUGAGAAUAGCUGCUCUCCAGUGCUGAGGUGUCCUGCAGAGUGUUCCUGUCUGGACACUGUGGUGCGCUGCAGCAACAAGGGCCUCACCACGCUGCCCAAAGGCCUACCCAAAGAGACCACUGAACUGUAUCUGGAUGGUAACCACUUCACUCAGGUUCCUGUGGAGCUCUCCAAUUACAAACACUUAACACUCAUUGAUUUGAGUAACAACCAGAUCAGCACGUUGUCCAACCACAGCCUCAGUAACAUGUCUGAGCUGCUUACCCUUAUCCUGAGCUACAACCGCCUCCGAUGCAUACCAGUGAGGGCGUUCGAUGGACUCAAGUCUCUCCGUUUGCUGUCUCUCCAUGGUAACGACAUAUCACUGAUACCAGAAGGAGCCUUCAAAGACCUGUCAUCGCUCUCCCACCUGGCCCUGGGUGCCAACCCACUGUACUGUGACUGCCACAUGCAGUGGCUGUCAGACUGGGUAAAGAGCGGCUACAAGGAGCCUGGCAUUGCCCGAUGUGCCGGGCCCGGUGACAUGGCCGACAAACUGCUGCUCACCACGCCUUCCAAGAAAUUCACCUGCACAGGCCCAGUAGAUAUGAGUAUCCAGGCCAAGUGUGAGCCCUGCCUGUCGAACCCAUGCAAGAAUGACGGCACAUGCUCCAAUGACCCUGUGCACUACUACCGCUGCACCUGCCCCUAUGGAUUUAAGGGCCAAAACUGUGAGGAGCCCAUCCACGCCUGUAUAAGCAACCCUUGCCAGAACGGAGGAACUUGUCAUCUGAAGGAAGGAGAGGGGAGCAACUUUUGGUGUGUGUGUCCAGAGGGCUUUGAAGGCGACGCGUGCGAAAUCAACAUUGACGACUGUGAAGACAAUGACUGUGAGAACAACUCUACCUGUGUGGAUGGAAUCAACAACUAUACAUGCAUGUGUUCACCAGAAUACACAGCUGCUACCAAUGAGGUGGAGAGAGGGGAGCUAUGUGAAGAGAAGCUGGAUUUCUGUGCCCCAGAGCUGAACCCAUGUCAGCACGAUUCAAAGUGCAUUCUGACCCCCCAGGGAUACAAGUGUGAGUGUACUCCAGGCUACGUCGGUGAGCACUGUGAGCUGGACUAUGACGACUGUGAAGAAAACAAGUGUCAGAAUGGAGGUCAGUGCAUUGAUGCCGUCAACGGAUACACCUGCGUCUGUCCAGAGGGAUACAGUGGGUUGUUCUGCGAGUUCUCUCCCCCCAUGGUCCUCCCUCGCACCAGCCCCUGUGACAAUCAUGAGUGCCUCAACGGGGCGCAGUGCGUUGUCAUGGAAACAGACCCCCGCUGCCAGUGUCUCCAAGGCUAUGAGGGCGAGCGCUGUGAGACACUAGUCAGUGUCAACUUUGUCAACCGCGAGUCCUACCUGCAGCUUCCCUCCGGUCUCAUCUCACCACAGACCAACAUCACCCUUCAGAUUGCUACGGAUGAGGACAGUGGCGUGUUGUUGUAUAAAGGGGACAAUGAUCACAUCGCCAUGGAGCUGUACAGGGGACGCCUGCGGGUUAGCUACGACACUGGGUCCUACCCUCCUUCUGCUAUAUACAGUGUGGAGACAGUGAAUGAUGGCAGUUUCCACGCUGUGGAGUUGGUAGCAUCAGACCAGACGCUGUCUCUGUCCAUCGAUGGCGGGCCGCCCAAAUCCAUCAAUUCCAUCAACAAACAGUCCACACUCAACAUAGAUUCCCCACUUUACCUGGGAGGUAUGCCAGAGCGUGCCUCACCCUCUGGAGGUCUGUCAGCCCUGCAGCAGGGCUCAGGCGGACGCAAUGGCACCAGCUUCCACGGCUGCCUCCGUAACCUAUAUAUCAAUGGGAAGCUACAGGACCUGGGAGCUGGGCUGGGGCCCAGGGCUCCAAACUCUGGGACUGCACAGAGCACCACUAGACAGUGGCUGGGCCACGGGGUGGAGCCAGGCUGCCAGCCCUGCCAGAAAGGUGCCUGCGUCCAGGGGGAUUGCCACCCAACAGGGCACCGUGGCUUCACCUGCACCUGCCACCCGGGCUGGACAGGAACACUGUGUGACCAGCAAGUCAACAACCCCUGUGAUGGCAACAAGUGUAUUCAUGGCACCUGCCUUCCAAUCAACUCCUACUCGUACUCCUGUCGCUGCCAGCCUGGUUUUGCCGGCGUACUUUGUGAUGAGCAGGACCAAGACGCAGCUAACCCCUGCAGUCUGUCUCGCUGCAAACAUGGCAAAUGUAGAGUAUCGGGCCUGGGCAAAGCGUACUGCGAGUGUAACAGUGGAUAUACAGGGGAGGCAUGCGAUAGAGAGGUGGCCUGCCGAGGGGAACGGGUCCGAGACGUCUACCAAAGACAGCAAGGCUACGCGGCGUGCCAAACCCAGGAGAAGGUCUCCCGUCUAGAGUGUCGGGGCAGCUGCCCGGGGGGAGCAGAAGGACAGGGCACCUGCUGCACCCCCCUGCGCAGCAAACGCAGGAAAUACACCUUCCAGUGCACUGACGGCUCCUCCUUUGUCCAGGAAGUGGAGAAAGUGGUCAAGUGCGGCUGUACAAAGUGUUCCUCAUAA